AUGAGGUCUGAAAACCGUACCUUGCAAGGCUUGGUGGCGCAGGCGGUGCAACAUGCAGCGGUUUGCCACCUUCCUGUUUCAAUUCAUGCGCAAGCCUUCCAGCUCUAUAGCGAGAAGAGGGGCUCUGACAUGUUCAUUCGAGAAAAAUGGUGCACAAGCCUUGGAGAUCAAGCACCUGACAAGGAGAGGCGGUUAAAGGUGCUGUUCUCGAGGCAGCUACACUUGGAUCCAAUGUGCAGCCUCGCGUGCGACCAGCCCAAAAUUUGGCGAAGUAGUAGUCGAUCUAGGAAUCCCAAACUAACUGUGUCUUCGAACUGUGGAACCACAUUGCAUGAUAAAAACUACUCUCGAUGUCGACUUCUAGGGAUCCAGUACCUUGUACCAAUACAGUUUCGAAGUGCUGUCUCUCUCCUGCAGGGCGGCACUGCUCACCAUCCCAGCCCUCUCAAGUCCGUCUCUUUGCGGAUGAGGCUGUUGUUCGGGUUUCGACUGGAAAAGGUCAACGCUGUGGACAUCGUACUCGAAGAAGACGAGCGCUGCAGGAUGAUAGAGAAAAGACAUUUAGACAAUAGGAGCGAGUCUGACAGCACGAUAGAUGCAAAUUCAUCAGGCGUAACUUGA